AUGUACCCUUGUAAUUUUUUAUCUUACCUAAGAAAUGAAUACAGCCUUCGUGAAAAUUUGGGAGUUUUUAGUCAUACCAUUAAGCCAAUGUUGGACACGGUUAAAAUGCAUCCUUUAUUGGUUACCGCUUCAAAAGACACAGAAACUACAACCAGCAGGUGGAAAACUAUGGAACAUCAUGAUGUAGUAGUGGAAUGUGCUAAACUUUCCGUAUUUUCAAAAUAUGAAGUUAACACGCCUUGUUUUUCAACGAGUUUAUCUAAAAAAGAUUCAAAUUUAAAACGAUUCAUUGAUAAUUUAAAUUACCAAAACACCAUGGAUUUCAAAGAAUUUUGGAGUCCCAGCAUACAUUGUGGAGCCACGACACCGCCAUUGCAAACCCUCGAUACGUCCAUACCAACAUCCAUACCACAUACACCAAUCACUCAAGUUCAGGUAAUAAAAUUAUUAUUCCGAAAUUCGGCCGCUUUGCCUCUGAAAAAUUAUGUGAUAAGUUCAUUUCCAAGUCAAGAAGGUACUUCGCCUCCCGAGGCUGCAAUAGAAGCAACUCCAGAAACGACUCCCGUGAAAGAUCCAAGGCAUUAUGCACCCAAAGGACCACCUCUUAAUUCCACAGUCGCCGCGAAGUUCGACAUCAUCCACUCCCCGUCUUCUCCCAUGAGAAAAGAAAUUUCACCUUUUCGAUUUCCGGAAGGACACGAAAACAAUGCCGAGUCGUCGUUUCACGAAAAGCGAAAGGAAUCGAUUUUGACGCAAAAAGUCAGCGGUAUGAUUCAGGAUAAUUUAAACGUGGCCGCUCACGCGGCCAACGAUUCUCCCGGCGUGGAUAAAAUUUUAGGAAAUAUUCGAAGUCCCGGUAGAGUGAGCACUGCCGAAUCCCUAUCGCAGAACAACAAAGAUGCCACAAACGAUUGUCAACAAGACAUCGGUUCCCCUUGUAAUUCAGGUGGCCUCCACAUGCCAAAUAGUCGAUCUAUGCUUAACUUUCAUCAGAGCGUACACAGGUUGAGAUAUUUUAGUCAAUGCGGGCCGGAUUCGCCAGUGGAUGAAUCUACAUUAAGCAAUUCUACUUCUCAAGAAUGUAUUCUUUUGCCUUCAAAUAACGUUCGAAGAGCUCAAUCUUGUCCCGAAAUAAAAAAAGAUAGGCCAUCUUUCAGCGGAGUAGAAAAUUUAGAUGAAUCCGUCGAAUUGGAUUACGAAGAGAAAGUUCAAAAUGGAGAAGGAGUUCGCGGACACGCCACCGUGACCUCUUCUACUCAAACCCAAUGGACGGAAACAUUUGCGCCUUCUCUCUAUCCCUACGAACAUUUAUUUCUCGGAAUAUUUCCACCGGUGGAACCCGACGGGUAUUCGUGUAACAACACCGGAAACGGCAGAUAUUCGCCCACAACUUUUUUAGAUCGUUAUAUAGAAUUAUCGGCUGCCCUAUUCAGAGAAGGAAGCCAAAGCAAAAAAAAUAAUAACAAUACAAUUCAAUGUUUAGAUCAAUUAAACUUGUUGCAUUUGCAACUCAAGUUCGAAAGGCAGAGGAGAGAAGUUCACGCGGAGAGAAAUCGUCGUCUCUUGGGAAAAUCCCGACACAAUCGGUGGUUAGAAGAUCACAAUUCAGCUCUUCGAGAUCAAUUGGCUUUGUUGAGCAAAGACGUCGAGUGCAUAACAAAAGAUUUGGAAAAAAAUAAAGCGGAGGGUCGUCAGAGCGAGGCGAGACUUCAAGAACGUAUAAAACAAUGGCAGGAUAAAUAUGUUGUAUCUGAAAAUCAAAACAGAGAAUUAAAGGCUGAAAAUGAGAGAUUAUCAUGUGAGUUAUCUCAAAGCAAGCAAAGUGCAGCAACUUCAACGAAAGAAUUUCAACAGGUCGAAGCCAUGUUGUUUUCCCUGGGAAACGAAUUGAAAGAAGCCACGGCUCAAGCUAGCGCGGGAGAGCAGCUCAAAUCUCAAGUCGAAUACCUUCAAAAAGAAUUGAUACUGAUGGGAGAGCUGCUGCAAAAAUAUCGUGAAAAAAUCAGUCAUUUUUCAUUACAAAGCGACGAAAAGUAUUCGAUAACGCAAGAGUACUACGUCGAAGAGGUUAGAAAUCUCAAUGGUAUGGUGGAUUUGAAAGUGUCAGCGUUGGAAGCAUCGAAAAAUCGUGUCAACGAAUUGGAGGCUUUGUUGGCCAAGAAAGAUGCCCUCAUCGCCGAUCAAAAAAGAGCCCUGAAAACGGUUAAAGAAGAAUGUCAAGAGCAAUUAGAAGCGGUCGAAACUAAAUACAAAAGUCAAAUAGCCAUAAAUCGAAAACUCGAAGAAUGCAUAUUCGAAUUGAACAGCAAAUUGGAAACGGCGUCGAAAAGAAACAAGAGAGGAAUAAGCGCCGCUCAGGACGUUCUAAGUCUUGCCGAACGCGGGGGUUUAAAUUCGCCUUUAUCACUUUCUCUAAGUUCUUCCGAAGGAAUGUCAACUUCCGGUUUGUUACCAGCCGAAAUACCGUGUCGGGAUUUACAAUCGAUCGUCGACGAAACGGAAUUGAAUUCAGACGUGGAAAAUCCGAUGGUAUCGGAAAAUCCACCGCCGCCCUAG